GCUAACAGCAGCUCGUGUAUGUGUGUGCGUUACUUUUUGAACUACAACCAGUUACCGCUUGUUAAUAAAGUGAUUGAGCAGCGCAUCCUCGUCUGUGUGACUCCUUCUCCACUGCGGGGCAUUACAAUACUUACAGCAACACAACAAGGACUACUUCCCCUGACGCCUAGCCGAUGCUUGCCGCCAAACCCACGGAUGAAGUCCUUCGUCGCGCCGUUGAUCGCUGGAAUGCAGACUAUCCAGUGAGUAACAUGACGACCUUGCGCUUUGGACAACACCUCAUCAAGGUCUCUGCCGUGUUCCUGCAGACAGAACUGUCCUUUGCUCUUGUCAACAGGAAGCCUGUGGUGCCUGGACAUGUGCUUGUUUGCCCCCUGAGACAAGUGGAGCGUUUUCGGGAUCUGGGUGCUGAUGAAGUUACAGAUUUAUUCAACACCACCCAGAAAGUUGCUAACCUGGUUGAGAAGCACUUCAACGCCACCUCACUCACUAUUGCCAUCCAGGACGGCCCCGAAGCCGGACAAACUGUGAAGCAUGUCCACGUCCACGUGCUGCCCAGGAAGACGGGUGACUUUGAACACAAUGACAGUGUUUAUCACGAGCUGCAGAAACACGACAGCCCAGAUGAUGACGUUCCUUCCAAGUGGAGAUCGGAGGAAGAAAUGGCAGAAGAGGCCUCCAUCUUGAGGAAACAACUUGAGAACCCUUAGACGUCCGAGGCACAUUGAGUAAUUCGUAAAUAAAAACAGAAUACAAUGAUUUGCAAAUCCUUUUCAACCUGCAAAGACAAGAUAUUUUAUGUUCCAACUGAGAGACUUAUUUAUUUUUGCAAAUAAUCAUUAACUUAGAAUUUAAUGAAACGUUGCAAAAAAGUUGGCACACGGGCAUUUUUACAACUGUGUUACAUGACCUUUCCUUUUAACAACACUCAGUAAAUGUUUGGGAACUGAGGAGACCAGUUUUUGAAGCUUUUUAGGUGGAAUUCUUUCCCAUUCUUGCUUGAUGUACAGCUUAAGUUGUGGUAUUUUAGGCUUCAUAAUGUGCCACACAUGUUCAAUAGGAGACAGGUUUGGACUACAGGCAGGCCAGUCUAGUACCCGCACUCUUUUACUAUGAAGCAUGUUGUUGUAACACGUGGCUUGGCAUUGUCUUGCUGAAAUAAGCAGGGGCGUCUAUGGUAACGUUGCUUGGAUGGCAACAUAUGUUGCUCCACAACUUGUAUGUACCUUUCAGCAUUAAUGGUGCCUUCACAGAUGUGUAAGUUACCCAUGCCUUGGGCACUAAUACACCCCCAUACCAUCACAGAUGCUGGCUUUUCAACUUUGCGCCUACAACAGUCCGGAUGGUUCUUUUCCUCUUUGGUCCGGAGGACACGACAUCCACAGUUUCCAAAAACAAUUUGAAAUGUGGACUCGUCAGACCACAGAACACUUUUCCACUUUGUAUCAGUCCAUCUAGGAUGAGCUCGGGCCCAGAGUAGCUUGUGGCGUUUCUGGGUGUUGUUGAUAAAUGGUUUUCGCUUUGCAUUGUAGAGUUUUAACUUGCACUUACAGAUGUAGCGACCAACUGUAGUUACUGACAGUGGUUUUCUGAAGUGUUCCUGAGCCCAUGUGGUGAUAUCCUUUACACACUGAUGUCGCUUUUUGAUGCCUGAGAGAUCCAAGGUCACGGGCAUUCAAUGUUACGUGCAGUGAUUUCUCCAGAUUCUCUGAACUUUUUGAUGAUAUUACGGCCCGUAGAGGGUGAAAUCCCUAAAUUCCUUGCAAUAGCUCGUUGAGAAAUGUUGUUCUUAAACUGUUGGACAAUUUGCUCACGCAUUUGUUCACAAAGUGGUGACCCUCGCCCCAUCCUUGUUUGUGAAAGACUGAGCAUUUCCAUGGAAGCUGCUUUUAUGCCCAAUCAUGGCACCCACCUGUUCCCAAUUAGCCUGUUCACCUGUGGGAUGUUCCAAAUAAGUGUUUGAUGAGCAUUCCUCAACUUUUCUCAGUCUUUUUUGCCACUUGUGCCAGCUUUUUUGAAACGUGUUGCAUGCAUCAAAUUCCAAAUGAGCUAAUAUUGGCAAAAAAUAGCAACGUUUACCAGUUCGAACGUUAAGUAUCUUGUCUUUGCAGUCUAUUCAUUUGAAUAUGUGUUGAAAAGGAUUUUAUUUAGUUUUUAUUUACCAUUUACACAACAUGGCAACUUCACUGGUUUUGGGGUUUGUACUUUAUUAGCAGCAAAUGUCCAUUAUAACAUUAUGGCGAACUGGGAAUGGAAUCCAAAAAUAAUACACAAUAAAAAAAAACAUAAAUACAUAAUGAAAAAAAUUAUACCACCUUUUUGAUUUUCUUGAACAUUUAUUGUGGUGCAUAGUCGAGGCAUUUGGCUUUUCAAAAUAAUUCAACCUGAUUUUUUUUUAAUCUAUAUUUAAAGUUAUUACGUUUAUUAUUCCACAGAAAGAGGAUACACCAGGGGUGGGCAAUUAAUUUUUACCGGGGGCCGCAUGAGCAACCCGAGCACUGCUAGAGGGCCACAUCGACAAUAUUUCAAUUAAAUUUUGCUCAAUAUUAUUUUUGAUAUAUACCGUAAGAUAAAUAAUAAUAAUAAUAAUUAAUAAUAAUAGUAAUACUUCAACAUAGUGUGUGUAACAGCAGUCCAUGACUAAUAUAAAUAAAUUAACAUUAAUAAUAAAUGACAGUAAAAUAAGCACACGUAUGACUGAGGAGUCAUAGUGUAACUUUGUGUGGUGUUUGAGUUGUCCGACGUUUUGUGUGGCCAUAAACGCACCAGUGGGUUAGUGCUAUGCGUGUUGGUGACAGAUGACAAGUUGGUUUUGGCCUGGUUUGUACGGCAGAAAAUGACUAGUUUUUCGAGAUAGAAGUGUUUUACUUAUGUUUUUGGUGUGGUUAUGGCCGAAUAUAAACAGUUUUGCUCAAUAAAGUGAUCGAUAUAAUUCCUGUCCUCGAAGCAUCUCGAUAGACGUUACAAUAAUUGAACGGUGUUCAAUUGAACGGUGUUGACGAACACCGUUAGGGCCGCUUGUUGUCACUGUCACUCAAAGUUGCAUUGCAAAAUUACAUAGAAUAAAUAUGUUUAUUUUGUUUAGAAUUCAGAUGGGAUUUGAUUUGGUGCGCGGCAUAUAUUUGCUGCGCGCAGCAGACGCUUGAGCAGUGCGCAAUUGCGCAGGCGCGCACCUUAGAGGGAACGUUGCUUGGCAGUCCAUGUCUUG